AUGGACACAGUAAGGGAGGAGGCAUGGCCUGUGGCUGCACCGCAGCAGCGGCAGCAGCCAUCAGCUCCCCAACCGGAGCAGCAGCAGCAGCAGAAUGGCCGUAUCGAUCUCAGGGAGCUCAAGGCUCAGAUGGAGAAGCGGCUUGGUCCGGAUCGUUCGCGGCGAUAUUUUGGCUACUUGAAUGGCUACUUAUCGGAAAGGCUCGGCAGGCAGGACUUUGAAAAGCUGUGCCUGCAGACCCUGGGGCGGGAGAACCUCCAGCUGCACAACCGGUUAAUCCGUGCAAUUCUCUACAAUGCCUACCAGGGAAAGUGCCCGCCUCCUCCUCCUCCAUUGGAUGCAGGGAGGAGACCUGUUGGGGCAUCAGUAAAGAAGGCUUCUCAGGCUGCUGAAGUGUUGAAUGCUUGCAAUGGUGAUGCCAGGUUGUUACAGGUUCAGGGAUUGAGGCCUGUGGCUACAGCACAGGAUCAUACUUUGAAAGACAGUAUGAAUAACAUGGGCCCAAAUUGUAGGGUGACGACUGCUGUCAAUCACAACCAAGUUACCCACGGUGCUUCUGGAUCUCUGGAGAAUGGUGAGGAUCACUUUAACAGCUGUCUUGAUCAUGGUGGGCUGUUCAACACUGAGCUGCUGCACAGACGGAUGGAGAAAACAGCAGAAACGCUGGGUUUAGCUGGUGUCACAAUGGAUAGUGCCGAGCUUCUGAAUAUUGCUCUGGAUAAGUACAUGAAAACCUGA